CUCUUUGGUUUCUUAACUUUGUCUGAAAAGAAGAAGUGAACAUCCUGUCUCCACUCAGAGCCUGAAAACACUCAGAAUGACGUUGAAACGUUUCUGUGGAGGUUUAACUUCGUCCGACUCUCUGGGAGAUUAAACGGUUUUCUGCUGGUUGCAGGUUUUUAAUCAUGGAAGAAGAACUGAAUUAUGCAAAUGUGACUUUUAAGACUAAUGGUGUCUCCACACAGAUCGACUCAGAAAAAUUGAGCCUCAAAGAAAUAAUUUAUGAUGAGGUGAAGACAGAGGAGAAGACGCAGGACACACAUCUGAUCAUAACAGAAAAUGAAAAGAGAGCUCAGUUUCACCCUCUGCUGUUUUUGGGGAUGAUCUGCUUCACCCUGCUCCUGGCCAUCAUCAUCCUCAGUGUCUACUUCACAUACGAGCAGAGGAGACAGUCGGACGUUUUAGCGGAGCAGAAUCUGAAGCUGGAGGAGGUGAGUGCAGAUUUACAGAGACGAACAGCAGAGAGAAACCGACUCAACUGGACUCUAGACGUCAUCCUGGAUUACGACACGUUUCCUGCGGCUGAUCGCUGCCCACAGAAACAGUGUAAGCCUUGCCCGAACGACUGGGCGAUGUUUCAGUCAAACUGUUACUUGUUUACAAAAGGUGAGUACAGCUACAACUGGAAAACCUGGGAGCAAAGCCAAGAGCUUUGUGAGAAAGAAAAUGCGAAGCUGGCGGUGAUCGACAGCCAGGAGGAGCAGGAAUUCAUAAACAACAAAACAUUAAAAUACAACGACAAUAAGCACGGUUACUGGAUCGGGUUGAAGAAAGACACGGAGGACACGUGGACGUGGGCAGGCGGCAGGAACCUCUCUGUGACGAGUCACUGAAACCCCAGAAAUACCCUCAGUAGUUUUCACAAGUAGGAGGUGAAAGGUUGCAGUGAAGAAAUCACUUUCGUCACUCAUCUCCUUCUGCUUCACUGGACCGCAAACAUCUCAAAUAAAAUACAAACUGCAAAACGGAGCAGUGCUGCCACCAAGUGGUCUCACCACGCACUGCAAGGCCUCUUUUCAAACAUACUUAAUUCACAUAAAAUUAAAAAGUUAAGUCAAAUUUAUGUGAACAGUUUUACCUCCCAGUGUUUCUGUAAAUCAAGCUGAACUAUUUUUAAUGAGGAACACAUUUUUAAAGACUGUUUGAUUUACAUUUAUACAGACAAACUUCUUCUUUCUUGUAACCUCUAACCCUUUUCCUAACCCUUCCACCUUUAAGAAAAUUGUUGUUUAAAACUUUUUGGAAAUAGCUGCACAAUUUUAGGAUAAUUUGGCUCCUCUGUGUUGUUGUUUGUUAUUAAGGUAAGAACAUUUUCACCAAACUCUAAAUCAGAAUGGAGAAAAUUAAUCAACUUCAAUCGAUUUCAGUUCAUUUACACCCAAAAUAUAAACUGGAACAAAUACUACAUUAGUGUCUUGAUGGUUUUAACUACAUUAUUAAUACUGUUUAGGGCUGAAACAAUCAGAUUAAUAAUUAUUAAUCAAUUACUGAAGUAAUCCUCAACUAAUUUAAUGCUUAACUGGAGACUACAGACUUAAAAAACAAACUAUUUCUGGAAGAACAUCACAGUCAGAGCAGCAAUUUAGCCAAAACUGUACAA